AUGUCCAGCCCCAGUGAGGCAGAACUCAUUCACAGGUUUAAGGGGAUUCCCUUUACCACUAGGUCGUCUCCAGAACUUUUAAAUUCCUUGGAUACUUUUGAUGCUAGAGAAGAUGACGUCCUUUUGGUUUCCUACCCCAAAUCUGGCACUCACUGGCUUGCAGGAGUUAUCACAAAGCUUUACAACACUCAAGUUACACUAACAUCUCCCAUUGAAUUUGGUGACAUUUCCAAACUGGAGGAGCUGAAUAAACUCUCAUCAAAAAGAAUCAUCCCAACGCACCUAGACUACCACAUGUUACCUCCAAAUUUUAAGAAUAAAAAAUGCAAGAUGAUAUACAUAAGCAGAAAUCCAAAAGACACUGCAGUUUCCAUGUAUCAUUACUACAGAGAUAACCCAAAUCUUCCCACUGUAGACACUUGGACUGCUUUCUUUGACUUGUUUGUAAAAGGAGAUGUUGUCUGUGGAUCUUGGUUUGAUCAUUUCCUAAGUUGGGAAGAACAUGAAAAUGACAAAAACAUCCUGUUUUUGUUCUAUGAAGACAUGAAGAAGGAUCUGCCUAAGAUUGUAAAGGAAAUUAGUCUGUUCCUGGAUUUAUAUGUCAGUGACAAUGAUGUCCAAGACAUCUGCAAGAAGUCCUCUUUCUCAGAGAUGAAGAGUGACACGGAAAAGGAGAACAGUGAUCCCAGUCAUACUGUUUGUUCACUGACAUCCAACAGGAAGCUGAUUUUCAGAAAAGGUGCUGUUGGUGAUUGGAAGAACCAUUUCACUCCAAAACAGAACCGAAGGUUUGAAGAGAUAUUUAAUGAAAAAAUGAAACUCAGCAAGAUGGCAAAAAGUCUUACCUAUGAGUUCUGA